CGGGUCCUGUUUUCCCUCCCUUUUUUCCCUCCCCCUCGUUGAAGUAUCAUUCCAUUUCCUACUGUAAUCAGCUUCACCAGAUAUAAGCGUGUAUUUAUGAGCUCGCGAACAUGAACUUACUAGUUACCAUUCUAGAGUGAAGUUUUCCUAAGUGAUGGAAGAACUUUUAACCCUCAUGUGUAAUAUAAAGCUUUGUGCCUCUUCUUAUUGUUCGAGGGUUUUGGCACUGUGGGUCGUGCUUCUACAUGGGUUUGGAUGGUGCAUGGCCAUCGGUGGGGAGGUAAGCUUGGGCUCGAGAUUGGUGGCUAGUGAGGACCGAGCUUGGGUUUCAGAUAAUGGGACUUUCGCUUUUGGUUUUGCCACUGCGAAUGGACGAGGUGACCGGUUUCAGUUGGCGGUUUGGUUCGCGCAGCUUCCUGGUGAUCGGACCCUAGUUUGGUCAGCUAACCGAAACUCCCCGGUCAGCCAAAACGCGAUCCUUGAGCUCGACACCACGGGGAACCUUGUCCUCCUCAACGGCACCACCACCGUAUGGACUUCCAAUACCUCCAACUCCGGUGUGCAUUCAGCGACCAUGUCUGAAACUGGCAACUUCAUCCUCUACAAUGCCACCGACCACAUAGUAUGGCAGAGCUUUUCGCAUCCAACCGACACUCUCCUCCCUAACCAACUGUUAACCAUCUCUCUCGAGCUCACCUCGGCGACUUCUCCUUCACAUGGCGGUUACUACACUUUCAAAAUGCUUCAACAGCCGGCAUUGCUGAGCCUCGCACUCACAUACCACUUGCCUGGAAGCUAUGAUUCCUCCCCUGAAUUUUACUCUAACUACUCUUAUUGGACCGGACCAGACAUAUCCAAUGCAACUGGCCCAGUGAUAGCGGUACUAGAUGAGGCGGGAAGUUUUGGGAUUGUGUAUGGUGAUUCAGCCGAUGGAGCGGUCUAUUUGUACGAAAACAAUGGCGAUGAUGGAGGGUUACCUUCAGCUGUGAACCGAUCGUCUCGGGCUUCGGUUCUUCGGAGAUUGAUUCUAGAGAUGAAUGGAAAUUUAAGGUUAUACCGAUGGGAUAACAAUGUGAACGGUUCUAGCCAAUGGGUACCAGACUGGGCCGCCGUUUUGAAUCCUUGUACUAUAGCUGGAAUUUGUGGAAAUGGGAUAUGCAAUUUGGACAGGAGCAAAACGAGUGCUACUUGUUCAUGCCUGCCAGGAACUUCUAAGGUUGGCACUGAUGAACUGUGCUCAGAAAAUUCUUCCCUGACCGGGAAAUGCAAUUCAGAAAAUAGAAAUAAAACAUCUGAGUUUAGAAUCUCAGUGGUUCAACAGACAAAGUACCAUUUCUCCGAUCGUUCUGUCGUAGCAAACUACAGCGAUGUAGCUACAGUUUCAAAUUGUGGUGAUGCUUGUUUAUCAGAUUGCGAAUGCGUUGCUUCUGUUUAUGGUCUAAAUGAGGACAACCCUUACUGUUGGGUACUUAAGAGCUUGGAAUUUGGUGGAUUUGAGGACCCCAGUUCGACCUUAUUCGUGAAAGUCAAAUCCAAAGGCUCGGCAUUCAUAGAUGGCCACGAGAAAGUAGUGAUUCUUCCAGUUGUAGUUGUCAUGGCGGUUCUCAUAGGUCUACUCUGUUUAUUGUUGUACUACAAUGUCAACAGGAGAAGGUUGCUUAGGAAAGCAAUGGAAAGUUCCUUAUUUACCUUGUCCGGUGCGCCAAUGAAUUUCACUUACCGUGACUUGCAAAUUCGCACCAGCAACUUCUCGCAGCUAAUUGGAACAGGGGGAUUCGGAAGUGUGUAUAAGGGAAGCCUUGCAGAUGGAACUCUAGUCGCGGUGAAGAAGCUUGACAGGGUUUUACCUCAUGGUGAGAAUGAAUUUAUAGCCGAAGUGAACACCAUCGGUUCAAUGCAUCACAUGAACUUGGUUCGUUUAUGCGGAUAUUGCUCUGAGGGUUCACAGAGGCUUCUUGUUUACGAGUUCAUGAAAAACGGGUCCUUGGACAAGUGGAUUUUUCCUCCGUUCAGCUUGCGAGACAGAUUGCUAGAUUGGCAAACCCGCUUCCACAUAGCCAUCGGGAUGGCACAAGGGAUCGCAUACUUUCACGAGCAGUGUAGGAACCGGAUCAUACAUUGCGACAUUAAGCCGGAAAAUAUUCUACUGGAUGAGAAUUUCUGUCCCAAAGUUUCGGAUUUCGGGCUAGCUAAGUUGAUGGGGAGGGAGCACUCACAUGUCAUGACCAUGGUAAGAGGAACUAGAGGCUACUUAGCUCCAGAAUGGGUUAGUAACCGGCCUAUCACAGUAAAGGCCGAUGUCUAUAGUUAUGGGAUGCUUCUUUUGGAGAUCAUCGGAGGACGGAGGAACCUGGACAUGUCUUUUGACGCUCAAGACUUCUUCUACCCUGGCUGGGCUUUUAAGGAAAUGACAAAGGGAACACCAAUUAAAGUGGCGGAUAGACGACUAGAAGGGUCCGUGCAAGAGGACGAGCUAAUAAGAGCAUUGAGAGUCGCAUUCUGGUGCAUUCAAGAUGAAGUCUUCAUGAGACCUACAAUGGGGGAAGUGGUGAGGAUGCUAGAAGGCUCGAUGGAGAUCAACUCGCCUCCAAUGCCGCAGACUGUACUUGAAUUAGUUGAAGAAGGGCUAGAUCAAGUCCACAGGGCAAUGAGAAGAGAAUAUCAUCAGUUCAGCUCUUCUACUAUCACCAGUCAUCUAUCGUCUAAUGCUGCAUGCAGUUACUCGACGAUGUCGCCCAGAUAAUAUAGACAAGAUUAGAGGAAAGAGUGGCCAAUCAAAUGAGAUAGAUUCUUCGCAAUUUCUGCGAGUAUGGCUGAAUGUCAAAUCGCAGGAUGGAACUGUCAGAAUUGAUCCAAUUCUAAUCCUCCAAAAGAUCGUUGAUAAGUCAUAGCCAACCCGUAAUGAUCAAGUAUGUUUCCUUUA